UGGUAACAAAAAGGUUGUGCUGGGUGAUUUAAUCUCAUAAUGGAGCGGCUACUUCGACGUGCUUUGAUGAAAAUUUACACAACAGAAAUUUGACUGGUAAGACUAUUCUGUUAAGAGAUAGCCCAGAACUAAAGUUUGAGAGAUUAGCAAAAACUACAAUAAGAGAUAAACUACAAUAAAAAAGCAACAGAAAAAAACCUAAGACACCAUAAAGCUUCCCCAUUUGAAUUUCUCUCCCACAGGUUUGCGGCAAAGUGACAAAAUGGCAGGAUCAGCAUUCGCAUCUGAACUCAGGAUUCUGGUGUUUGGAAAGCGACGAAAUGAAAAGACAAUACUAAGUAACUUCAUCACAAGGGAACAAUACGUUUCUGAUAUAAAAAUACCAAAGCAAUGUAGGCCUACAGUCAUAUAUAAAGAAUGGAGGGGGAAAAAAUUAACAGUAGUAAAAACCUCAGAUGUCUUCAGUCUGCCUGAGGACAAAGUGAGACACGAGAUGAAAAAGUGCGUGGCUCUUUGCCCCCCUGGACCAAAUGUAAUCCUGCUGUUACUGAAGCCUACUGAUUUCAAUGAAGAGGACAGACAGAAAUUCAAGUUCAUCCUGAGUUUCUUUGGUCAAGAUGCUUUUAAAUACUCAAUGGUCAUCAAAACACAAAAUGGGGAAGUCCAGAAUUCUUCAGUGAACCAAGUCACCAGAGACUGCAGACAAAGGCAGCACAGCAUUAACUUUGAUAAGAAAGAUCUUUCCCAACAUGAUUAUCAAGAACUGAUUGAUCAGAUGGAGAACAUAGUGACUGACAACAAAGGAGGACAUCUAAACUGUACUGAAGAGACUGAUCCAAUGACUUCCAAACCUCCUCUGAACUUAGUGUUGUGUGGGAGAUUAGAAACCUGGAAGAUGUCAGCAGCCAAUGCCAUUCUGGGAGAAAGAAAGUGUGGUCCAUUUGCCAUGUCAUCAGAGUGUGUUAAAAAGCAGGGAGAGGUGUGUGGACGUUGGGUUUCCCUGGUGGAGCUGCCUGCCUUGUAUGGAAAACCUCAGAAGGCAGUAAUGGAGGAAUUAUCCAGGUGUAUCACCCUCUUUGAUCCUGAGGGCAUCCAUGCUUUUAUCCUAGUCUUACCUGUGGGUCCCCUCACCGAUGAAGACAAGAAAGAGUUGGAGACCAUCCAGGACACAUUGAGCUCUCGAGUCAAUGACUUCACCAUGAUUCUCGUCCCUGUGGAGUCAGAUCGUAAUUCUCCAGCUGUUGUAAGAUUUCUUAAGGAGAAUAUGCACAUACAGGAGCUCCUUCAGAGCUGUGGAGAACGAUAUAUUGUCUUUGACCUUAGAGACAAGCAGCAGGUCUUUGAUGUGUUGCAUGCUGUGGAAAAGAUGAGCGCGGGUGAAUCCAGAGGUUUCACAAAGAAAAUGCUGGUCAAUCCACGGGUGAAAAACGCUGCAAAACAAAAAUCUGUACUCGAAAUGGCUAAUCAUCAUCAGAAUAGAGAGUGUCUCAGGAUGGUGCUGAUUGGGAAGACUGGUUGUGGAAAGAGUGCAACAGCAAACACUAUUUUGGGCAAACAAUGCUUCAAAUCUAAAGCCUGCCCAAAGUCAGUGACCGAGUUUUGCCGGAAAGAAACAGGAGAGAUUGAUGGCCGGACUGCCAUCAUAGUCGACACCCCUGGCUUGUUUGACACGACUCUGACCAACGAAGAAGUUAAACGGGAGCUUGUGAAAUGUGUCAGCUUGUUGGCUCCAGGACCUCAUGUGUUCUUAUUAGUGCUAAAGAUCGGCCGCUUUACACAAGAGGAGAAAGAUACUGUGGAACUGAUCAAGGAGUUCUUUGGCAAGAAUUCAGGAGACUACAUCAUUCUCAUAUUCACAAGAGGAGAUGAUCUGAGAAAUCAAACAUUUGAGAAUUACAUACAGGAUGGCUUUGUUGAAAAACUGAUAGAGGACUGUGGAGGAAGAUACCAGGUCUUCAAUAACAGAAGUUCAGAAGAUCAGAAACGUGCUCAAGCCAGAGAGCUACUGCGCAGUGUUGAAUCAAUGGUGAACAGAAAUGGUGGGGGCUGCUACACCUCCGAGAUGUUUCAAGAAGCUGAGGCAGCCAUACAAAAGGAAGUGAAGAGAAUCCUGAAGGAAAAGGAAGAAGACAUACAGAGAGAGAUGAUGGACGUUGAAAAUAAACAUAAAAAAGAAAUCCAGGCAAAGAAAAAAGAAUUGGCAGAACAAAUAACCAAAACUGAACGAGAAAAAGAACUGAAAGCCAAACUAAUUAAGAAAGAGGAGGAAAUCAAUAAGGAGCAGGAAAAGAUGAAGAGAGAAGAAGAAAAGAGAGAAGCAGAGGAAAGGAAGACAAAAAUGCAGGAUGAAAUUGAACAAAGGCAGUGGGAACAAAGUCUUGAAGCUAUGGGGGAAAAAAUAAAUCAAGAAACUGAAAAAAAGGAAACUGCUGACAAAACAUGGAUAGAAAACAAAGAGGCGUUAAGAAUAGGACAAGAGACUUGGAAUAAGGAUCGAAGGGAAAAGUGGGAGAACCAAUAUCGAGAAGAUCAACAGAGACGAGAGGAGGAGCAAAAACGACUUGAAAAACUCAGAGAAGAAUAUGAACAAGAAAAAAAAGAAUAUGAAAACCAAAGAAAACAAGAUGAAAUCAGAAAACAACAAGAGGAGAAAGAAUUAAUGAAACUACAAGAAACCCUUUUGAAAAAUCUGGCUGUAAUCAAGAACAAACAUGAUCAAGAGGCCAGAAAGCAAGCUGAAGAAUUCAAUGAUUUCAGACAGAGAUACACCGAGGACUUUGCAGCUGUGGCGGAAAAGCAUGACAAGGAAAUGGAGAAUCUGAAGGAGAAGCAACAAAUACACAAUGACUUGAUCGUACGCCAACUGACCAAACACAAAGCAUAUCAGAAAGACUUUGAUAGAUUGAUGAAAAAACAAGAACAAGAAAUGAAUGACCUGACAGGGACACUUAAAUCGCCAAACAAUGAAAAUCUGAACAAAAAAAUCAAUGAACUAAAGACAAAACAUGAGGACGAAAGAAAUAACUGGAUACAAGAACAUGUAAAGAAAGCCAGAGAAAAGACCUGUUCCAUUUUAUGAGCUGUUGUGUUGCCUGUAAGGCCCUCAGUUGCAAAAUGACAUCAUCACUUAUAGCCUAAAAGCAUACAAGGGGGG